AUGGCAGAUUUCGCCACCACGUACCAAGAAACCGAAACUCUGAGCACGCCUUCAGAUCGGCGACAGGACAUUGCUGUGGUCGAUGGGCCAGCCAGUUUCCUCGCGCUGGCCGUAGAAAUGGGGGUCCCAAUAAUAUCGAGGGCAAAGCCUGGCGCUGGUGGGACUCUGUCCAUUGGGGGUGGUCUCUCGUUUGCUGUGGCUAGGGCACAUACUACGAUCAAGCUAGCGAAAGGCACAGACUGGGCGAACGAGACUCCCGCAGACUGGUUUGAUCGUGUUCAAAGCAAGAGUAAUGGCCCGGAGAUAAUCGUUGUGAAGAACCACGUCAACAAACGGAUUUUAGUUCCUCGCCAGUCUACAUGGCAGGACCGAUACGAACACGAUGCGGACAUAUUCUUCGCAGUCACCAACGAGCUCCGAAUCUUAGCCCAUGAAGCAGUCCGCAAGUCUCUCAACAUAGUCUCCCUAAUCGCGAUAUCAUGGAACACUCGGGAGACAAAAGGCCGUUUCUUGCCCGAGAUAUUACUAGAAGGGGCCCAGCACGGUAGUGUUGACCAGUACCUUCAAGUGUCACCCAAUCUAGACUUCUGCAGCAGAGCUUUGAUGGUUAUGGACAUAUCGACAGGUCUAGCCUUUCUCCAUGACACCGGCAUUGUCCACUGUGAUGUCAAGCCCGGCAACAUGCUGGUCUGUGACAGUCCGCAACGCAAAGACCUGAAAUCAAUGGGAAUGGCUCCGGUGAUUGUCAAGCUCUGCGACUUUGGGUGCUCUAUUAUUCUUUCGGAUUAUCCGAAGAAGCAUCGAUUCUCAAUUGGUGUAGGAACACCAAGAUGGAUGGCGCCUGAGAUCGAGCAAGGCUUGCCAGUUGAGGCUGAGUUACUCUUCAAGACUGACAUUUACAGUCUGGGACUUGUUGCGGCGCACAUUCUCAAAGGCACACAACCGUAUUCCGACAUCCCGGCAACUCAUGAGGUGAGGAAAGAAGACUCGAGUGUGCUUGGUCGAAGCCUGAAUGACAAUGACCCGUUACUGUUGUCACGCCCUGGAGACAACGACUUGGUCAGUGUUGGCAAAAGAAAGCAUGGCAACACGGAUGAAGAUGAAGGGCCCUGUGAUCGAAAGAGGAAAUCCGUCGAGAAACCUGCGACUGCGACAGAGUACUCUGCCAGGAUUGGUCAGCAUUUUGAAUGCAGCCAUGAAGCCCACCAUUCAAGUACUUUGUUGGCCUCCGUAUUGGAUACGUCAAGGAAUGAAGUUCCUAGCGAUGGACACUCUGAGUUGCUGAGACAGAUCCUCUCUCGUACUGUCCAGGCAAUACCCUCAGAUAGGAGUGACGCAAGGGAAAUAGGGCAGCUUUGUCGAGCUGCUUUGUUGCAUGUCUGCACCUCCCCGGACACCGACUUUUUUCGGUCGAUGCUACCAAGCUUUCCAGAGGAGAGAACCGAUACGCCAGUAGCAAGUGACCUUCUUAACAAAGCAAGGGUACCUAAUCUUGCCUUUGAAACUUCCCUCCGAUCAGGGCUUCUCCCGCGACAAUGCCUAAUGGAAAUUGUGAAGGAUUUGAAGCGGAGAGUCGAAUAUCGCACCAGAGAUGCAGGGCAGUGCGCUCUACAACUUGCUGCUCUCGUCUUGAACGGGCACCUGAUAUGUGAGCAUGACCAGGUGCAGGAUGAGGCUGAGAAAUACCUCAGUUUCGCGGUAUCCUCAGGCGACCAGCUGGCCUUGUUAGGGGCAAUCAAUGUUCUACAGGCAAUGGGUCGCGAGGUUACUCACGACACGCGGCGACGGGUCUUGAACGGAUUCCAAGACCACGCGUUCCAACUCCAGGCUAUGUCCGACAUCAAGUCACUUUUCUUUCCUCUGUCCUUCAAUCCGACAACCAGAAUGACGGCAGCAGCGCAGUUUCCCUUCGAUGAAAAGUUCAACAUUCAAGCCAAGCUCAUUGGACUUCGCACGUGGAAAAGAGAGUUUCCACAUGAUUUCGCUGCAUUCACCCGUUCCCAGACUUUCCGUCAGCUCUUGGCCGUGAUUCCUAUCACUCGCCUUAUCUCACAUGAAGUGGACUGGCCACUACCGGGCGAUCCCCGGCUCUCGGAAUCAAUACUUGCAGAAUACAUAUACAACUCCCACGUUCAUCUCGACACCAUGAGCCAAAACGAACGAGAGGUUUUCGUUGAUAUAUGUCUGGGUAAUGACAUGGUUAACGAGCCGACCGCGCUUGGAAUGACGCUUCUGCAGCUAGCAACCCUUCGAGAAGACAUAGAGAUGGCUUCCCUACUGCUUGAAAUCUUGGGCGCAGAUAUCGAAGCCUGUGGGUUAACACCUGGUUGCACGCCGCUAUGGCUGGCGUGCUAUCUGGGCUUUAUUGACAUGGCCGUAUUUCUCAUCAGUCGAGGCGCUGACGUGACCUGCACCGACUCGGUCCAAGGUCUUACUAUCCUUCACUUGCUAACGCAAUUCGAGACCAAAGACGCGGUGGAAGGAAUCGGCUGUCAAGCCUUAGCGGUCGGGGUUGACGUCAACGCCGAAUCGGAUACGGGGAUCACGCCUCUGCUCGCGGCAAUGCUUGCAUUUGACUUCUCCAGUGGCGCCGCCAUAGAAUUUCUCUUGCAAAACGGAGCUAACCCCCUGACUGUCAUGGCCACCAAGCUCGAAGGGUUUGACUUUCCAGUCACACCUCUGUCGCUAUGCGUUGUCAAUUUGGACUUCGAUCUCCUCGAGCAUAUGAUAUCAGUCAUCCCCUCUGAGGACCGAGAUUGCCAUAACGGUUACAAAGUGGCCAGUCGCGAGGAACUGGGCUUUCAACUGAUGCGCUCGCAAACGACAUUUGCCGCCAUGUUCGAGACAGGAAGAAAGUUUCGAGACAAUUUGGCGCGAAUUCUGAAGAAAAUUGUCUAUGCAGAGCGUUCGAACCUCUUGUGGAUGGCGCCGGUGGUUGAACCCGUGGUUUAUGCUUUUCAGAUCGAUCGAUCAGACCUCAUGGAGUCACUUCUUACGAUUGAUCCAAAAGUGCCAUUGGAGAUGCCGGUGCAACACGGACAGCAUCACCCUCCCAUCCCUUUGCUUCAUGAAGCGGUUUUAAGGCACAACUACCGAGCUGUGGACGUUCUCAUCCGCUAUGGGGCGGACCUAUUGCAACGUGUAGGAAUAGGUGCCACAGUUUUGACUUGGUUGACCAGAGAGAUCCCGGACAUGCUCCCGGUCGCAUUGAAACAUCUCGAGAGCCUGCCAGCUGCAAAACGGGACGGAAAGACUGUGAAGGAGAUUCUUCAAAUGCCACAAUUUGACCUCUCCGGUACUUUCGACACUCUUCUUGUUGCGGGCACUUCGGAAGAUAUUCGCAUUGCCGAAACUCUACGAGUCAAGUACAGCUUGCAUCACGACAAUACUCAGGUGCUGCCUCCGAAUACCAGCACUCUGGUGGGAUCGCUGCUCGUGUGGACAUCUUAUUCCGGAUACGAUAGGCUUGCACAGAUCCGCUACCUUCUUUCUCUGAAACCAAAGCCGAGAUUGAUGAUGCCUUGUGGAGUGAAUCUCUUCAUGAUUGCUUCCAGUGUGUCUGAUGGAUCCAAGGCAGUUGAACAGUUAGAACUCUUCCGCUUACUGCUUGAUACAUACCCAGAAAUGGAAAAUUUGACUCAAGGUCAUCGUGGCAAGCUUCCAGUUCUUCACAGGGUGGCAUCGGGCGCCAACCUCGAGAUCCUUCGGCUUAUGGAAGAGCACGUAGUGAUUAAGCAUCCCGGAAAAAGAUUUCCCUACAACUACACGCACCUUCGCAACGAGAUACAGGAAGGCGCUGUUCUGCUCACAAUGCUUGACUGCUCAAGGUUUGCCAACACGAUACCAGAGUUUGGUGCCUCGAUGCAUGAAUCUUCGACCAGACACGAAGAUGUAUUGGCAAUGAGCACCUUUGAUCGUUCAGUAAGACAAGACGAAAGAGAAAAGGUCUACCGACACCUAAGAGACCACGGGGCCGUGCAUGGCUGGGAGCUCGAUGGCUACUUUAUUAGCGGCCGCAUACUUUGGAAAAACUCAACAACUAGGGAUAAGUUACAUGGAUUCCUUGAUAGAGUCACGACCAGAUAUUCGAUGGCUCCAUGGGAACAUGGACCGGAACACGGAGAGUUCCCCUCUACAUGGUACCCAUUUGCUUGGAGACAAGUCCAAAAAGAGAGUAACAAAGGCUGCGGUUCAGAGCUCCUGUCGACGAUCAGAGUGCCUCCGGAAAUAUUCGGCGCUAAAGCCGCCCUGACUAUAUGCGAGCUGGUGUGGAGAGGAAAUAGCUUCUAUAUACAAGCCUGGGACCUGCCAUUUGAAGCCGAAUUCCUACAGGAGUCUGUGUCCUAUUACUUCUCCACAAGGCUGCACGAGAGAGGAAGAUGGGCCACGAACCUUGAAGGGCUCGGAGACACUCCACCUUACCAGGCUACGACCUACUGCGAAAUUACCGAGAGAGGCACCAAAAGCAAGAUACCGUAUACCCGCACUGGCCGAACCUGGACAGAUGAAGAGGUCAGCAAGCUCUCGCAUGACGUGUUUUCCGAAUGGGCGCAAGAGCUUGGAGAGCUUGAGGAAUUCAUACCGGAUCUCCUCAGAGCCGUUGUAAUGAGCUAUUUUUAA